UAAAACUCCGUGCGCACAGAGACACGCCCCUCCAGAUGACGCCAGCGAUCAUGUGACAGCGACACGGAAGAGAAUGAGCAGAGAAGAUGAGCGUUUCACUGGAUAUCAGACUGAAACGAGCGAAUAAAGUGUAUCAUGAAGGGGAGCGGCUGACCGGAGUGCUGGUGAUCAGCAGCAAAGACGCGCUGCAGCAUCAGGGAGUUUCUCUCAGUCUGGACGGGCUGGUGAACCUGCAGCUGAGCUCCAAGAGUGUCGGAGUGUUCGAGGCGUUCUACAACUCUGUCAAGCCCAUUCAGCUGGUGUCCAGCAACAUGGAGGUGGUGAAACCAGGAAAAUUUCCCGCGGGAAGAACCGAGAUCCCGUUUGAGUUUCCACUGCAGGCCAAAGGCAACAAAGUCCUGUACGAGACGUACCACGGCGUCUUCGUCAACAUACAGUACACGCUCCGCUGCGACAUGAGACGCUCGCUGCUCGCCAAAGACCUGAGCAAGACCUGCGAAUUCAUGGUGCACUGCCAGCCACAGAAGUCGAAGCUCCAGCUGAAUCCGGUGGAUUUCAGUAUCACACCAGAGACACUGCAGAACGUGAGAGAGAGGACCUCGUUACCCAAGUUCCUGAUCAAAGGUCACCUGGAUGCCACCAGCUGCGCGAUCACGCGACCUCUGACCGGCGAGCUGGUGGUGGAGAGGUCAGAGGUCCCCAUCAAGAGCAUCGAGCUGCAGCUGGUCCGUGUGGAGACCUGCGGCUGCGCGGAGGGAUACGCUAGAGACGCCACAGAGAUCCAGAACAUCCAGAUAGCUGAAGGAGACGUCUGUCACGGCCUCUCCAUCCCCAUAUACAUGGUGUUUCCUCGGCUCUUCACCUGCCCCACACUUGAAACCACCAACUUUAAAGUCGAAUUUGAGGUGAACAUUGUGAUUGUUCUUCACGACGAUCAUUUGAUAACAGAAAACUUCCCACUGAAGCUGGUCAGAGUUUGAGUCCAAAAUCAACAUCUGAAGCCUUUAGAUUUGUUGCAAGAGUUUUUUUUUUUUUUUUUUUACUAUGAAUGAAAAAUUGCUCUACUCACUGUUAAUUACAUUAAAAGACACUUUUGAUCAAGAGUGAAUAUGGACUGUUGCUCCUGUAAAGUAAAAGUGUUUAUUAAACUCAUCCGCUCACCUGGGGCCUGUACCAUGAAGCCGGAUUAGCUGGCUAGCCAGGUAAGUUUCAGAUUAGUUUGCGCCAAUCCUGGGUUUUAGGUACCAUGAAAGUGACUUGGCUUUUAGCGGUGUUCAUCACCAUAGUAACUUACGCUCCACGGCAAUCCUGCUCCAGGGCAGGUUAUGUUCUGGUUCAGAGAUCUCAAACCGAAAUUGGGCCAGUCGGAUGUGAGCUAAAUGAACUGACACAUCCAUCGCAAUAAAGUCACUCCCCCAGUUUCUCGUCCUCCAAAUUAAAUAUAGUAAAAAAAAAAAAUAUUUAACAAAGAAAUUGUCUGGCUUUAAUGAUAAUUACUAUUUUAUGAUUUAUAUAAUUAUAUGAUAUAUAUUAUUAUUAAUCCAAUACACACAAGGAAUUUUAGUUUAGCAGUUAAGCAUUUAGUUUCAAUGAAUAUUAAUAUAUACAGAUCAUAUGUAAUAUAAAUAAGCUGUAAAUAAACUUUAAUAUGACUACACUACUUUACUUGUUUGAGUCUCUAUCUCUAUAUAUUAUCAACUAUAUAAACUAACAUAAGUUUCACUUGCACUGAUAGAGCAAGAUCAUUUAUUUGUCCUCUUUCAUGGACAAGUAUUUUCAUUAGUGUAAAUGAGUUUAAAUACUUCAUUUUCUAAAAUCUCUUCACCUUCAGCAAAAGAGUUUUGAAUCGCGCUGGCUCUCGCGCAAGAAGUGAAUCAUAGUUUCCUCUCUGUUGCAAGGCAUGUGAUUGGCUGUUCACCACCGACGUCACGCAUUCAUGUGCACGCGCUCCACAAACUCAGGAUCAAAGCCUGAGUUGACAAAGAAAGUUGAUGAUAAGCAUUAUGGUACCAACAAAGCCAGAUUGGAGUGGUUUGGUUUUGUCAACUCGAAACUAAUCCUAUAACCCUGAGUUUGUUCAACUACCAUCAUGGUACAGGCCCUGAGAUUCAGUGUCAUUUGUGGAUUUUUUUUUUUUAAACAAACUGAUUUGAAUGUUUUUGGGCAUCAUGUAACGCAGUGAUUCUCAGAUGUUUGUCAGCUGAAGCUAAAGUUAGGCCUGUCAUGAUCAUGAAUUUUGUGCUGAUGAUUGUCAAAAAAAUAAAUGUUUUGUUCAUGUCA